AUGGCCCACGCACAGAACAGCACGUCCUCACAUGCCUGGUCCAGACUGCGCUCCAAGAAGUACUUGUGCGCACUGGCGGCCGCCCUCGUCAUCCUUUGCUAUCUUGCCUGGUGGGACAGCAGACCGGUCCCCUCGACUGAUAAUUCCCAGCGAGUAUCCGCCCUCGGAGGUCACCCAGGCGCCUCUCCAGGGUCACCAGGUGCAGUGGGCGACACCCCGGAGGGGAGCGCUGGUGCUACCUCACACCUCGAUGCAGCUCAACAACCAGAAUCACAGAACCAGCAGCAGCGACUGGGACCUUCCGAGCCGGCUGCUGACCGGCCCAAGGCCAUCAUCAUCGAGAGCCGCCUGGUCCCGAGCAUAAUACCCAUCAUGUUGCACUUUGCGGCUGUUCUGGGGCCCGCGUGGGGGAUGGUCCUCUUCACGGACAAGAAGACCUGGGAAGAGCCCCGGUCGGCGCCGUUCCAGCGACUUCGUGACGGCGGCCAGCUCGAGGUGGUCUUCCUCCCGGACAACACCGCGCUGACCGACACCCAGGCGGUGUCGCAGUUCCUUGCAUCGCCCUGGAUCUGGGAGCAGGUGUCCGAAGCACAGCGAGUGCUGCUGUUCCAGGCCGACAGUAUCCUGUGCUCGCGGUCCGGCAACACAGUCGAGAACUUCUUCGAGUACGACAUGGUUGGCGCCCCCAUCGCCGAGGGGUAUGGCAAGGGCUACAACGGAGGCCUGAGCCUGCGCAACCCGCGCGCCUUCCUCGACAUCGCACGCUCCGCCGAUUUUGCCAGCUCCGGCCACUUUUUCGAGGACCAGUUCUUUUUUGAAAAGUUAGAAGAGGCCGGCGCAAAGCUGCCCGACGUCGACACUGCAAAGCGGUUUUCUGUCGAAUACAUCUACUACAAGACGCCACUGGGUUACCACCAGCCGGCGCGGUGGCACGAAGUCAGGAUGGAGCAGAUAGAGCACUGGUGUCCCGAGGUCAGGUUGAUCCUCGACCGGAGGUUGGAUUGA